AUGCCGAUCACAACUGUCCCAUCACCUGAGCCCAUUGUCGACCAUGAGACGAAGCUGCCAAUCCCAAAUGAGUUCAAGGUACCAGUUGUGUACAAGGGAAACAGGGUCCAGGGGAUAGAGCCGACAACAAAGUGGUACGAGUUCAUUUACCAGCCAGGAACGACGCCUCUGGAGAAGGAUUUGACUCUUAAGCAGCGGGUUGACUACAUGCUUUAUUGGUGCGACCCUGAGAAGCGAGAAGAAGGAUUCAAGAAGGCGGACGCCAUUCUCCUUGAACUCUUUGAACGGUUCGACCUGGAAGACGAGAUGAAAAUCGACUUUACGGAACACGACGAAUAUCGCUGGCGGGACUUUUGCCAUUGCAAACGCAAAAAGAAGGACCGCAUUGCAUGGAAUAAAUAUGAGUGGCGAUACUUUUUGCGGACAUGCAACAACAUCGACCUUUGCUCUGGGCUCUCUAUGGUGGAUAUCGGCCAGACAGGAAAUAUUGAUCGACUCUCCAGUGAUGGCCAGUAUCGACUUGGCGCUUGCAUCUACAUUCCCCAAGGCCUGAAUUUUGCGAAGGAGCUGCUAGACGAUUUCAAGACAUCGAAGUUGCUCCAAGGAAGCGAUCUGGAGAACUGCCGCAAAGGCAUCAAAAUGCUCCGUGACCUGAUGAUUGAGACUGGGGAAAAAAUGAGGCAUCGUCUACCCAAGCUGCUGGAAGAACAUGCAGCACUUAUUGCAGGUCUCGAGGACAGCGGCAACAAAGAGGUUCAAGUGCUGGAGGAAGCUGUCGAGGACAUUUACGACCAGUACGAGACUGCACCUGAGGGCAUGGUAUUGACUGACUGCGACACCCAAGGCAAGAUCAUGGACAGGGACGACACUUUUGACGGUGUUGGCAACUCUUACGAGUUCAUCUACGAUCUGUCUGAAGAGAUUAACCCAAGGGAGUACGGGGAGGAGACUGCGGCUUCUCUCUGGGCAUUUGUUUUCGCUGAGAGCGAUGAGGAUGACUCUUUCUCUGAUGUCGACCACGACCAGGCCAUUCCUACACUGUCGUUUGCAACUGUGGAGGAGGCGGACCAAAGUGACAACAAGCUGUUGCAGCGUCUGUUCGACCGUGGAGAGAUAGAGUCCCGUUCGGAUACUCCCAUGAGCACCCUCACACUGCCUCUCCAUUUCGAGACGAAAAGCGACCUCAUCGUCCACCCCAGACAUCCUCAUGCAGGCCCUUGGAGAGAGAAAGUGGAGUCCACCCUCAAGAGCACUUGGACCAUUCCUGAUGAGGACUGCAACUCGAGAACAUUCAAUACAGCUUUGCAGGAACCUGCACAUAAAAAGCUCAAGCCCGGACUGAAUGACAUCAAAGCUUUGCAGGAAAACGAGACUCCAAACUUGAAGACGACCAAGAAAUUGCGGCAGACCACCCACGCAGCAAAAGUUGUCUCGUCAAGCAGCCUGUCUGUUGUCUCCCCCUUGAGGCAAUCACUCAUCAGCGAUUCUCUGUUCGAGGGCGGUAAGGAGAAUCGACCUCCAAGACUGCCUUGA